AUGAUUGAAGGAGAGAAAACGGAGGAGAACGUCCAUGAAGACAUCGAGUGGCAUGGACACUUUCAUUCGGAAGGACUCCGUGCGUGCUUCGCCCGACUGAAGAACAUACAGGUGGAGCUACGCGUGCGCACUGAUGUCACCAUCUCCUUCCCGGCCCUGACUCGGGCUCGCUCGACGCAGGGGAAGUCAUGCUGCCGGGCGAGCCCUCCCCCAUCCUCUAGGAGCCAACCGAUCCCGACCCACAGCCGCGUAGAGGUAUCCACCGUAGCAGCAUCGAUAGCCAUGGAGCUAGCUAACAGGAAAGACAUGGGGAAAGAAGACUCCUUCACCCCGCUUGCCUUAGCCGCCACCCCGGACGUACGGGAGGUGAAGCCCGUGCAAUGUGUGCCAACAUCCACCGUGGGCACGGGCUACACCUCAUACCGCAAGCCGUCCCGGUUCCGACGGUUUGCCUUGGAUACAGACAUCCAUGGCAUGAAACACCUCAUCAAGCGGGGACCGAUCCGGCGUACCGCCUGGGUGCUCAUGCUACUCCUCUCUCUCGGCCUCAUGUCCUUUGAGUGCAUGGAAAGCCUUAUCUAUUACUUUGAGUUCCACCACGUCACCAAAGUGGAGCUUCAGUACACGAACAACAUGACCUUCCCGGCGGUAACUAUCUGUAACAUGAACAAAUACCGGAGGUCAGCGCUUGGUAUGAGGGACCUGGCUACUGUCGGACCGUACAUAGGGAUAGUGGAUCGGCAACAAUUCACGCUACAACAGGAACACUUAUAUCCUAAGAGUUGGGUGGACAAGGUAAAGAAUGAGAAUCUGAAAGCGUUGUCCAAGAUGUCGACUGGCCACCAGGACUUUGCAGUCUUCGUGAAGCGAGUCGGCCAUCAAGUGGACGACAUGAUCGUCAACUGCGAAUGGAGGGGAAGUCCAUGCACGGCAAAAAACUUCUCCCACACGUUCACCCAUCUCGGCAACUGUUACACAUUUAACGCAAUGACACUGGCGGGGAAAGUGCUUUCUUCAAGCAAACCGGGGGAAGGUAAUGGACUUAAAGUGACCGUAAACAUCGAGAAUGACGAGUACAUGGCAACCAAUGACGUCGCCGGUGACGCAAUGGAUGCCGGGAUUAAGGUCAUGGUUCAUCCCCAGCACGAGCCGCCAUUUGUAAAAGAGUUAGGCUUUGCGGUUUCACCAGGGUUUCACACGUUUGUGGCUAUCAGGAAAGAAGUGAUUACGACACUUCCAGCACCAUACGGCAACUGUCAACAAAAGGGAAACCAGGAGCACUACAGCGAGUACUCGCUUUCUGCGUGCCGAAUAGAGUGUGAAACGCAGCAUGUCAUACAGGAGUGCGGAUGCCGACUCGUUGAAAUGCCAGGUACCCGAUGGCCCGUGUGUACACCGGAAAGGUACCAGUGUGCAUAUGAGAAGUUAGUAAAGGUGAUGGACGGAGAACAAUGCGCUUGGCAAUGCAGAAUACCAUGCCAUGCAACCAGCUACGAAUGGACAUUGUCUUCCUCCAAGCUACGGCCGAAGAGCCACCUCUCCCAUGCCCAAAGACGUGGCCUUAACAUGACGGAGGACCUGAUACUUGACAACAUUUUGGUGCUAAACGUAUACUACGAAUCCCUGAACUACGAACUGAUUCAGCAGAUGCCGGCAAUCGAAACGGAGGGACUUCUAGGUGACCUGGGAGGACAGAUGGGACUCUUCCUGGGCGCCAGUUUUCUGUCACUGGUGGAGAUAUUCGAAUACCUGAUGGACGAGCUUUAUGGGAAAGUGCUCAGGAGAUGCUGCCGGUGCAAGGCAGCAUCCGGGGCGACCAACUCUUCCCAUUGUGCUGACGUCGUGAAUUUGAACAUCAACGGCAGUGCCACACAGCUUCCCCAGACCAGCCGCGCAUGACUAGGACCGGAGGACGGCGCGUCAUGUCUGGUCUCCUCGCAAUGCACGUGCGCAGAACGGACAUUCGGCUGCCUGUGCACGCAGGCUGACUGUGACUGCUUGUGUGGGAGACCCAGCCCGACGCUGGAGGUAGAUGCGUAGCUCAAUGGACCGAUCCUGUCGAACGCCAUAUCGAACAAAUAGAACCCCCUAUUAUAUUUCGAACGCCUCCGUCAAAAACUACCCCAUUGGACAGAAAUGGCUUUUUUGGCGGAUGUGUUCGAAAUAGAACCACGAUCGAACAGGGGGCGUGGUUUGGGGAUCGAUCCAUGAUGUGUCUCCUCCUCGCCGAUGUAGCCAAGAAAACCUUGUGUUGUCGAAGGCCAAUCUCUGAUAUAAAAACUGUAUCAAUUCCGGGACGCAACUUGAUUUGUACUUGAUACAAAAAGUGAACAUUGUAUAUACUUUUCAUGUUUAACUAAAUGUACAAGGUCAGAAAUCAAUUGUAUCAUAGCUACAGCUACUCAAAACUACAAAUUUGUCCAUGUGUACAGCGGAACGAAUCGCCCGAUGUUUUCAGGAUAAUAAUCCACCAGAGAGCUUCAAACAAUUUCGUUUGAAUCUUCUCUUGUUGUGACGGAGACCCCCGCGUUCUAGGGAGAAGUUUGGUCGCAUCUUGCCGCCAUUUUGGAGAGACGAUGAUCACGUGAAUCUUCUUGUAAACUCUCCCAUCACCCACUGCGCUCCUCUGCAUCACCUGCUCGGAAACGUGAGAACAAAUGAAGACUUGACCUUCUGGCGUGCGGGUUUCUAUCACAGAACUCCUGUUUUUUUUAAUUGUAUUCAUAAGUGUUGUAACGUACCUUGUAAAAACAAAGAUACUUUAAGACAGCAAAUAAGGACAAUCGCACUACAGUUCCUACAAAGUGUGCACAACGGGCUGUGACUGGCCAAGGUGCAUUCUUACUGGUCGGAGAAAGAAUGUACCAGAAACCAGAUCAGAUCCCGUAAAGCACUGCCCGGGCGUAGCAGUAGAAAGCUGGAUAUUGCACUUGAACAUGCGUUAGAGUAAGAUUGAUGAACCUCAUGUUGUUCAUACUUAAUACUGACAGUUGACGUACUUCCAUUUGUUAGAAAUCAGGUUUAGCAUGAUUACAGUGUUCUAUGUGCGUAAUUGCUACCAUGUCGCAAAUACGUGUGGCCGUUUUUGUAAAUUACCGUAGGGAAUUUUAUACCACGAGAUACUAUGAGGUUCUCUAUUGGGAACCUUUGUAGGCAAUUCACUUGUAGCAAUGUCUGUAAAACAUGUGCUAUUCUGAAGUCUUCACAUAGUUUUGCAUCCGAAUAUUACGUGUUAGAACAUUUAAUACCUUCACAUAGCACCACGACUUUUCAUAUUGAUAAGUUUGCACUGGAAUUCACACGAGCACAGGUUAUUGCCAUCCAUAUGUCUAGCUAUGUAUGCUUAAAUUGUAUUCCUACCAGUUUCACGCUCUAUAAGUCUUGUACAGAACCAGUGCUUGAAGCAGAGAAGCCAUUUUGUCAUGCCUGCAACCCUUUGCAUGAAAAUAUUGUUGGGUCACAAUAAGAUUAUUUCCUGCACUGUAAAGCAAUGAAUUCAGUCGCUUGAUGAAAAAUUAAACUUCUUUGUUUUCAUUG